AUGAUGGCCCAGUUCUCGUCCCAUCUUCUUGCCGGGGGCUCAACCGGUACCACACUGUACUAUUUCGGCCAGCCUAGCUAUACGUCCCCGUUUCGAUCGAGUGAUGAGCGGCCCCAGUUCAACGUCCAGUAUCGAUGGUGGGAAGAUGAAGCUCCCCCAAUGCUCUGGGGUUUCGACAUUGAAGAGAUCAGGAAAGUCAUCCGCUAUGCGCUUUUCCCCGACGAGCAGCUCCCACGCAUGGCCCUUCAAAGCCGGAGCGAAGCCACAGUCGAAAAAUUUCUUCUUUCACUCGCCCUGCCCCAGGAAGGGCCUCACCUCGUCCCCCUACCACACGUGCAGAAAGUGGAGGAGAUUCUCUAUCGAUGUAGAGCCGUCACUUCUCCUUUGAUCGCGUGGAGCUGGCUUCCAGCUAGGAACGACAGCAACCUGGAUUCUUUAGCUCUUGCAAAUGCUAUCGACACCGAAAGUCAUCUUCAAUUUGCUCGGAUUUCGUUCGAAGAGCUGGUGCGGUAUGCUCUGGGGUAUCCUGCCUUGCGUGUAGAAUGGUUUCUGCAACAGCACACGGUCUUCUAUGCCCAUUUGUUGGAUCAUUUCAACGCGUUCCCUGAAGAACGUAUGAAGUACUUGGAGGUUGAAGAGGUAAGCCUACUCCGAUAG